ACUUUCCAGGUGAAGACUUGAGGAGCAAGCUGAAGCCAAAGCCGCCUAACAGACGACGUGUGUUUUUACAGACCUCGCCUCCAAACACUACAUCUAAUCAUCGUUCUCCGCAAGGUAGCCAUUUUCUGCAAAUAAUAUGUUAAUAAUUCAGGCAUGUUAAUAAGUUUCAUCUUGAGACCCAAGGUUCAAGAAAAACAACAGGACACAAAUUGAAAUGUUGCAAAGUGCAUGAUAUCGAAUUUAUUACCACUCGAGUUGCCACUCAGGCUAUUUUUCUCAAAUCUUGGGCCGUUAGGUGAAAAUUCUAUUCGGAGCCUGUUUCUUCCUUCAAGCCUGUAUUUCCAAGUUCUUUUUUAGAGCGAAAUUCUUAUUUUCCUGGAGAAAACAACAUACCAUUGAAAUUCAACGAAAGAAAAAGAACUAAUGAUGAUCAAGACAAAACCGAUGAUCUCAGAAAACGAUUAUGUAACAAUGACCGGAUAUCUCUAACCACAUCACAAAAUCUAAUUUCGACUGAAGUAUAUCGUGGACAUGGUAAAAGGUCGUUGACACCUGCAGGUAAAUUGGGAACCAGCAUCGGCAAAAUCCCCGGGGGGGAAUGGUUUUCAGGACGACAUGGUAAUUUUCCUGGAAUAAACCAGAAAACAAGCGAUGCAACACAGAAACCACGCGAUGAUCAGAAUAACAAUCACAAUCCCAAAAAGUCAAGAUUUUUUUACAAUGAUCGGAACCGAGUGUCUACCACUAAAGAAAGCGCAUGCGGUCGACAAUCCUUUAAACCUUUUAAAACUGGGGAAACUAUCAGCCGAAAUCUAGACAGUCGAAAUCAUGCAACAACAACCCCCAAACCUAUGAGUUAUACAUACCUUAAAAAUCUCUGUGAUGAUCAAGUACCCCCUGAAGAUGCCUCAUCCAAAUUGUCUGAACAUGAACAACUUCAACGUUUCGAAGCAUUGUUACAAGAACAUGAGAUAAGAUACGAUCUUAUGAAAUUGAUUAUAUCUGUGGUCUAUAAAGUAUGCCAAUCAAGAAUACCCACUCAUCUAAACAAGAUUAUUGGUAUCUUGAGCAUGGUACGAUUCUGGUCCACUCUGGGUAAAUUUAUUGUUGAACUUGAGACUAAAAACGAAUGCCUCUCAGACCCUCAUGUUCCUUCCGUACUGAAACAUCUUUGUGGGAUCCUCAGUAUAUCAUUACAACGUUUACCUCACCUCUAUUCUUGCAUACCCUUACCUCAACUACAAAGUGCUGUUAAGCACUUUAAGGAAAACGGAAAUUUUCCGAUAGACUCCACUGUUGACAGUCUUUUGAUGGACGUGACAGGCAGAUGCGAACUUGUAAAGAAAGGGAUCCGUGAAAAGGGGCAAGCGCAAGCUGAGCCACCGGAUGAUUUUCGAACGCUAAGUGUAUUUCCAACAGAGGACGAUAUUUUCAAGAAAGGAAAACCAUUCCUAAGAGAAAAUAUUGUUAAGAAGCCGUUUUCAACUGUGAACCAAUAUUUGGAUAUUCACUUUCGACUUCUCAAAGAGGAUUCCCUAGCAGGUCUACGUAACGGAAUUUGGGAUCUUCAGAAGAGUCACAGACAACAGCAGUAUGGUCAAGCAGCAGUUGACAGUUUGUCUAAAUCAAGCAAUGCCAAACCACAGAAUGAUGUCAUUGUAUAUAAUGACGUAAACAUUAACGAGCAAGUACAGGCAACGAAUCGCCAGGUUAACACCAAAGGUAUUAUCUACAACGUUGAGUUUAAUCCAAAGGAUCCGUCCAUCAAACGUAUCAACUGGACACGGUCGAAGCGACUCUUGCAUGGCUCACUUGUAUGUUUGAUAUCGACUGAUUUCUACAAAGUUUAUUUUGCUACAGUACAAAACCGCAGUCCGGACAUGCUCAGCGAAGGUUACGUUCAAUUAUGCUUUGAAGGAAAUGAAUAUCCUGGUUAUGAUGAUAUGCGAGGGAAAUAUCGCAUGGUAGAAAGCAGUUCAGCAUACUUCGUGGCAUACCGUCACAUUCUUGAACGUCUACAAGACAUGAACGAAGAAACGAUGCCAUUCAAAAAGUACAUCGUGUUUUGUGAACGUGAAAUUGACAAGGUAAUUCAAAACAAACCUAGUAUGUAGUAAUUUUGACUUCCCCAGGUAUUUUUCCAGUUUCCGAAGCGAAGGAUAAGGAACGUUAUAAUGCCCGUAUAGAACGUUAUAAUGCCCUAUAUGUUUCGAAAAGCAAAGAGAAAAAUGAAAGUUAUUCUUAUACUCAAAUUGUUUAAAAUGUAUUUAUAGUUGUAAGUCCCAUACAGACGAACAAGAUUUUUACCCCACUAGACUGCCUUGCUCGUUUAUUUCUUCUUUUUACCUAACGUAGAGCCCUUGUCAUAUGCACUAGCAAUUCUGUCAUUUUUAAUUAUUAUUUUACACCGUCGAUUCGUCCAACUCCGCUUUCCUCUGUUCCCCUUUAUCUCCAGCUCUAUAAUGUCUCAGACUAAGCUCUCCUUCAUAUCUUCUUGCGUGUCCAUGCAAUCACAGCCUUACUUGCUUCACAAUCUUUAUAAUGUCUACUAUCUCACAUCUUUUGCGAAGCUUCUAGGCCCACUUUAACAUUUGCAGUCCUCAUCAGGGCAUUUUUACCGCCAUUACUCCCCACAGAAGCACACAGCUCAGCUCAGCAAUGUUUUGUAGAUAUGAUGUUGCAUCAGUUAACUGUAAUUCAGUAGUUAACCACGUGUCAUUGACUAAACUGAUCAUGAGUUGCACGAAACGUAGUGGGGUGUGCGUAGGGUACUUAAAAAAUUGAGUAUUGAAUAUAACAAAAUAAUCGAGUCAUGAUUUGAAAUCAAUUUAGAAAGCGUUUUUCAUAACCCUCCUCCGCAGGGAUAUCUAUGGGUUUUAGCCCGCGAAUGGGUAGUUCGAUAAAAAUAUCGUUCUACCUGAUUCCCCCGAUUAGUCUAAGUUAAUUCAUUAAAUGAAAGUCCCAGCCCCCAGGCAAAAUGGAAUUGGGAUUUACAAUUGUUGUUUAAUUUUAGCCUACUUAUUUGAAGAUAAAAUCAGAGGAAGAGAAUCCUAAAACGAUUAACUUGGAAUCUGCAAAGCUACAGGAAAAAAAGCUACAGUUGUUGCAGUUGGCAGAUGAUGACAAAACUUCCCAUCUAAAGAAUGUUAGUCCGUAUGACUUGCGCACGUGGCCAGAUGGCGAUGUGAUUGGUCUUAAUGAGUCGCAGUAUAAAGCAUUCCAGUCUGCUUUGCAAAGAGAAUUCGCUGUCAUUCAGGGACCCCCUGGCACCGGUAAGACAUACGUGGGAUUAAAAAUUGCCCACACUCUCCUGGAUAAUAAUCACUUGUGGAAAGAAGCAGACGGCGAGAAAUCAUGUCCUAUACUUAUGUUUGCUUAUACUAACCACGCUUUGGAUUCAUUCUUAGAAGGACUGACCAUCAAUCGAAAAGGUAUUGUUUUAUUCAUUUGCCAUAAUUACAAAGGCAAUAUUCACUAUGCUCUAUUAAUUAUAUCCAACAGAUGAUAGUCAAUCGAAAGUUUUCAGUGGGGGAAAAUGUACUGUUAAUUAUUUCCUCUUUACUACGUGGAAAUCAUGUUUUUGGGAAAUACAAUAAAUAAGAGAUAUUUAAUUUGAUCAUGGUUUGGUUCCUUGUAUAUAAGUGUUAACACGUAUGAAGUUGACCAUCUGUUGUACUGUAUUUCGUUCUGAGAACAACCAACAUUACGACGUUUAGCAAAUAAAACACGAAUGGAAGUUGACAUUUUAUGCUUAUUAAAAAGAGGAAAUUACUAGGCGUAAUCUUAAAAUCAACUUAGGGAUCACUUUAUAUACAGUUUCGCAUGCCACUCAUUACCAAAUUUUUAAAGUUCCUCAGACGAUUGUAUAUUAUGCAAAGAAUAAGUCUUUUCUAGAUAAAUUUAACAAUCUUAAAAAUCAUUUUAUACGUGAUAUGAUAUAUAAGAUUAUUGGUUUUUAUGCGACAAAUUGUGCGGACUGCCUCUGUUAAAAUAAACAUCGUUUCCUAAGGUAAACUAAGUCUCAUUUACUUACAUAUAGAUAUUAUUCGCGUUGGAGGUCGUAGCUCAAGUGAUAUACUUAAAGAAUGCAAUAUAAGUAUAGCGAGAAAAGAACGUCGAAACACAGAAUAUCAAAAUGGCGUGAGACGAUUAGGUGGUAGAAGGUUUCGUGAAGUUGAACGUGAAAAGGAAAUAUGUCAAGCAACGCUAAAUAGACACACGGAGCUCUACGCCAAAUCUUUCAAGGGAAUACUUCCUGCAACAGAAUUUGUGAGGCGCGGCAUGCGGACGAACCACAUGGUAUACCUCUCAGACAACAAUGAUAUGCUUAAGUUUCUCGGAAUAUCUUUGAAUCCUGGGGCGGAACAGAAUGCAGCGAAAUUGGCAGACGAAGAGGGUUUUGACGAGUUUCAUGGACAAGAACUCGGUGGACACUUUUACGUAGGACAUAGUGAAGACGACGAACAACGAGAAUCCAAAAACAAAGUUUUGAUUUGUUUUGCAGAAGACACAUCCAAACCUGAGGGGAUAUUAGAACUUCUGGAAACAGAUGUGCUCGAAACUGAAACAACUGAGGAACUGGAAGAAAGAACUGGCGGUGCAGAUUUUUCACGGCUAAGUGUAGAACAGAGAUGGUCACUUUAUUUACUGUGGUUGACAAGACUUCGUGAAUAUUUGCGUGUUGAAAUAAGAAAAGAACAAACAAAAUAUUUGGAACUAAGUAACGAAUACGAAGAAUUGCGUAAUAUCGAAGAUCUUGCUAUAAUGCGAAAUUCUCGAGUCGUUGGCAUGACAACUACAUGCGCAUCAAGAAACCACAAACUUCUUCGACAACUUCAGCCUCGUGUUGUGAUCAUUGAAGAAGCUGCGGAAAUAUUUGAGGCCCACGUUGUCACUUGUUUAACAGAGUACUGUCAGCACUUGAUUCUUAUCGGUGAUCAUCAACAACUUCGACCAAAUCCAAGUGUCUACAACUUAAGUGUGAAGUACAGUCUUGAUGUAUCUUUGUUGGAAAGAAUGAUCGAAGCGGGUGUUCCCUAUAACCGUUUGUCCGUGCAACAUAGAAUGCGACCUGAAAUUUCUAAGAUGUUUCGCCACAUUUAUGAUGGUCUUGAAGAUCACGCAUCUGUUACGGAAUACGAAAACAUCCGAGGUGUUAUCAAGAACUUGUUUUUCAUUGAUCACGAUGUCCGUGAGAGUGUCCACGACAAUGUUCAUAGUAAAGUCAACCAACACGAGGCAGAAUUUCUUGUCGAACUAUGUUUCUAUCUUUUACGACAAGGCUACAAAUCAUCGCAGAUUACGAUCUUGACGACCUAUACAGGUCAGAUGUUUGUUACUCGAGAUCUCAUAAAGAGCAGGAAAGACGAAUUUGAAGACGAUUUGCCUCGAGUUUCCAGCGUAGAUAAUUUCCAAGGUAAAGAGAAUGAUAUCAUCCUGCUGUCGUUAGUUCGAAACAAUGAAGAAGAAAACAUAGGCUUCUUAAAGACCAACAAUCGUGUUUGUGUUGCUCUCUCUCGUGCAAGAAAAGGACUUUACAUUAUCGGCAACAGAAAGAUGCUGUCGAACCAAAGCCCACUCUGGAAACAAGUGCUGGCUGACUUCGACAAAAGUGGUUGCAUUGGAAAAUCACUGCCUGUAGCAUGUAGUAAUCAUCAAACAGAAAAUUUAGUUUCCAGUGCUGCAGAAUUUAAGAAACUCGUUCCUAAUGGUGGCUGCUUAGAAAAAUGUCAACAUCGUCUUGAAUGUGGUCAUGCCUGUCCCCAAAUGUGUCAUCCAAAUGGCCAUGAAAAUUUCAAAUGUGAGAAACCUUGUGCAAAUAAUGUCAAUGGUUGCAACGUGUCGGGUCAUAAAUGCACAAAGCUCUGCCACGAGACGUGUGAUCUUAUAUGUCAGUAUCCUGUUGAUAAAAUGUUGCAUUGUGGGCAUCCGAUAACUUUGGCAUGCAGUAAUGAUGUUAAUAUUGCAAAGUGUAAAGAACAAUGUGUAAAGACACUUGUGUGUGGCCAUCGUUGUCAAGCUAAAUGCAGUGCAUCGUGUACCAAAAAAUGCAUGGAAUUAGUGAAGAAAACGGAUUUCUCAUGCGGCCAUGACAACACAUUGGCUUGCUCGGCUACUCAAAAAGAUUGUGGAGUUCCAUGUAAUACCUUGUUGGAGUGUGGACAUCCUUGUGAUGGCAGGUGCGGACAGUGCAUUCAAGGAAGAGUUCACGUAAAGUGUGUGAAGAAAUGCAACCGAAACCUUGUUUGUUCACAUCAGUGCAAGAGCAACUGCACAAAAGAUUGCCCACCUUGUAAAGAGGAGUGCCCGCGAAGAUGUUGUCACAGCAAAUGCGAAAAGCGUUGCGGGGAAACAUGUAUUCCAUGUAAGGAACCAUGUGAAUGGGAAUGUGAACACUACAAGUGUACUCAACUGUGUAGUGAUACAUGUGACCGUCCUAGGUGUGAUCAACCAUGUAAAAGAAAGCUAACAUGUGGUGAUGGAAGAACCCAUGUCUGCCGUGGCCUAUGUGGGGAACGUUGCGUUUGUACUACUUGUUAUACGAAUAACGGCGAGGAUGUGAGAACAAUUUUGUUUGGAACCGAAGACGAAGAAGAUGCAAGAUUUGUCAUGCUAAAAGAUUGUGAACAUAUAUUCGAGUACACCGCUUUGGAUAAAAUGAUGGAUGGAAUUGAUAAUGAGAUUAAACCAAAAGUCUGCCCACUCUGCAGGAUGCCAAUUGUAAAGUCGUUGAGAUAUGGGAAUGUUGUGAAAAGAAUACAUAAUGAUCUCGACAAUAUAAAGAGGAAGAUUUUGGGCAGCACCACUGAGUUUGAAGAGAAAAGAUUUCUGGUAUUGAAACUUGCACAUGAUCUGAAAAGUAAAAUUCCGUUGAUAUCAAUGAAUAUGAAACCAACCGAUAUCGAGAAAGCGUGGAAAGCGGUUGUUGACUAUAUUAGCCGAAUGUACAAAUCUUCGUCAGUGUACUAUCAAGACAUCAUAUUGUUUGAAUCUGAAACGCAUCUUUUGAAAAAUUGGCAUCUCAUUAGCAAGUCCUACGAAGAAGCACUACAAUCUCAAACUCGGUCGUCCAGCCAUAUUGAAUUUGACAGCGAGAUGCAGAAUGUGUUAAGUCGAAUCUUGGUGCUUCCUGCACAUACCAGUACACGUAUCUUGAGACAACUGAACUUGGAACUCCAACGAUUAUCUUUAAAAAGAGAUAUAUUGGUCCUCAAGUUGAAUUGUUCUAGUCUUGAAUUCACUCUUGAUGAAGACGAUGACGAAAUCGUCACAAGGAUUCAGAAGGUCUUACAAAACAAAGAAAUAAUUAUGGAAGAUUUUCUUGAAACGUUUAAGGAAGGAAUAGCGGAUAUUUAUUCACGAAACCCGCAGCUUUCUCCUAUUACUAAAGAAGAAAAAAUUCAAAUUGUUCGUGCAGUUGGUUUAAAGCAAGGUCAUUGGUUCAAGUGUCCUAACGGUCAUUAUUAUGCAAUAGGACAAUGCGGAGGUGCAAUGGAAGAAAGCAAAUGUCCUGAAUGUGGUGCAGUUAUUGGUGGUCAGCAUCAUCGUCUAGCAGAUGGUAACGAGCUAGCACCUGAAAUGGAUGGAGCAGCGCAUCCAGCUUGGUCAGAUCAAGCUAACAUGGGAAAUUACCAAUUUGGCGAUUGAAAAACGUCUAAUAGAGAUACUUUGAUGAUCUUCUGACUUCUGGAUUAUUACGUUUACACCCAAUGUGAUGCAUUUUUAUCGAUUAUAAUUACUAUUGUAGCCCUAUGGAUUAGCAGCAAUCCUGAAAAG